GAGGUUUUUCUAAAGCACUCCAACCGCUAGGUGUCACAACUAGUCCCGCUUUACGUCAUCAACACGCGCCAACACACGACACGGGGAAAGCCACCACGACCUUUCAUGCUGCGAAGAGUCGAGUCCUUUUAUAAUGUGUAUUUUUAACGAUUUAAGAGCAAAUUAAUUGUGCGCGUGUGACUGCGGAAGACAACAGAAGCGAGAUGUUUCGGUGUACUCUGGUGGUUUGCUGCAGAGGAGUCGCUAAAAGGUUUGCCUCUUCCUUCCCCGGAGAGAGCGCUCUGCCUCCCAACCUCCUGCUGCCCACCAACCUUGUGGAUCCUGCCAGAUUAAGGCGUCCUCCUCCUCCUGCAGACUGCUCCCUGCCUGUCCUGAGGAAGUGCGACGCUGUCGUUCCAGCUCAUCUGAGCCCCGUCCAGACGUGGGUGGAGACUCUGGCGAGGCCGGACAGCGAGCCGCUGGGUCUGGCUCAGCUCCACCCGGAUGUCUUCGCCGUGCAUCCGAGGCUCGAUAUCCUCCACGAGGUUGAAACAUGGCAGAGAAACUAUAAAAGAAUUAGUCACGCCAGCACAAAGAUCAGGUCAGAGGUCAGAGGUGGAGGCAGGAAACCAUGGAAACAGAAAGGAAGUGGAAGAGCUCGUCACGGAAGCAUCCGAUCACCGUUGUGGAAAGGAGGCGGCGUGGCGAACGGACCCAGAGGGCCGACCAGUUACUUCUACAUGUUGCCCAUGAAAGUUCGAGUGCAAGGACUCAAAGUGGCUCUGAGCUCCAAGAUGGCCCAGCAAUACCUUCACAUUGUGGACUCUCUGAACAUCCCCUCACCCGACCCGCAGUACCUGCUGGACCUCAUCAGACACAAACACUGGGGAGAGUCGCUGUUAAUAGUCGACGUAGGUGAAGAGUUUCCUGAAAACAUCCUCCAGGCAACAGCGGGUUUGAAGACGGUGAACAUCAUUCCAGCCAUCGGUCUGAAUGUCCACAGCAUGCUGAAACAUGAAGCUGUCGUCCUCACUCUGGAAACCAUCAAGUUUCUGGAAGACAAGCUGCUUUGGCACGACCAGCGCUACACCCCCCUGUACCCGUUUAAACUGCCCUACUCAGACUUCCCGUAGAAGACACCAAAUUACCUGUAAUAUAUUCACUGACUGCAAUGUUUUCUUUGAGUUUAUUAUGUUUCACAAAAAAUAAAAAUAAAUAAAUAA